AAAAAAAAGACUAAGUUUGAUAUAUCGCCUCUUUCUCUUUCUUUCUGCUUCACUUCACAUUCAUGUCUCAACCGAACACCGACACUGAUACCCACAUCCAGUUGAAUCAAAAUGAUGCAAAUGUUGAGAAUUUCAUAAAUCAAAUGAAACAGCAUGAACAAAAUAUUGAGUUCCUUAAUUCUCCAAUGAAUCGCUCGACUGAAUCUGUACUUGACUUACAAGUGAGUCUUGAAAGGUAUUAUUCUAGUACUGAAGAGAACUCUGUUGCAAGUCUAUUUUAUUGGAUAAAAGCGAAUACUCGAACAUCAAAUUUGGCUUUUGUAAAGGAUGCUCUUGGUGUUGUGGCUACCCUUGCCAGUGUUGAAAAUGAUGAUCUCAGCAGGUAAAUAUCAUUCUUUUUCUUGCAGUAGAAAAUAUCCGUUAUGGUCAAUACGAGUGCAUCGGUCCCUUAGCAGUGCUACACGCUCUUGCAUCGCAGUUUCAAGUAGCAGCCAAAUGCAGCGCUACAAUUACUUAUUUUUUCUGAAAAAUUGCAAUUUUGUGUAAAACAGGAUCCUUUCUGA